CCAACACCACCACCCACCCAGCCAGAAUCAGAAGCAGAAGUAGAAGAAAAUCCUAGACGUGAAAGAACUUUCCCCCCUUCUCUUCCUCCUCGCUUUACCCCUCCAAUCACACCAUCGUCUCCCGCAAAAAAACAAAAUCGAACCCAACUCCUCUCUCCCGAAAUCCUUCAAACCCUCCGCGUGUCGCUCUGCAAUUCCCGAAUGUCUCUAACCCUUCCUUCGCCGGAACCCUGACCCCUCUACUCCGCCGCCGCCGGUUGCGCCUUAUGUUCUUGCGUCCGGAAUCCGCCCCCCAAUUGGAUUCCUCCCCCUACUCCUCCUCUCUCAAUUUUAGGUCACCACGCUCAAUUCUGCGAUCGACUUGAACGCCUAUGGCUCCGGGGCGUAAAAGGGGAGCGAAUAAGGCUAAGGCCAAGAGUCAGCUCAGUUUGGGCGAUCUUGUUCUCGCUAAAGUUAAGGGCUUCCCUGCUUGGCCUGCCCAGAUAUGUCGGCCUGAGGACUGGGAGAAGACACCGGACCCGAAGAAACAUUUUGUUUUCUUCUUUGGAACUCAAGAAAUAGCUUUUGUUGCGCCUCCUGAUAUCCAAGUACUCACAAGUGAAUUAAAGACCAAGUUAUCUUCCAAGUGUCAAGGUAAGAGCAAACGCUUUAAAGAAGCAGUACAGGAAAUUUGCGCAGAAUUUGAGAAGUCACAAAAUAAAAAGGUAAAUGCUCGAGGUGAGACACCCGUUGCUGAUGGAAUGGGAGAUGGCGGAGAGACCGACUUGAAUGAUGGUGUUGCUAGAUCAAAUGGAGAAGCAUCAGAAGAUGCAGGGGAUUCCAGAUCCAAAGGAGAUUAUUGUUCUGGAAGAGAAAGUGAAGCUGACUCUGAAGAUACAGAGCCAUCUGUGUCUUGUGGUACUGGUGACAGUCCUGCCGAGGCUAUGUCAUCUGACAAGAUGUCUGGUGAUGAGCAGGCGCAGGAGGUGGCAUCUGGUCCUAUGGUAACCACAGAUGGGAAAGAUGAGACCUCUAUUUCUGCAGGAGUAAACGUUGGUGACACACAGGAAGCGGACAUUGACUCAAAUGUGCAGGAAAAUGGUAGUAAGUCUCAGAUUGGCACUGGCCGAGUUAGGAGAAUAGAUGAUGCGAUGAAAGGUCAUAGAGAUAGGAGCUCCAAUUUGUUGGAAACGCAAGAUGGGAAACCUGGUAAACUGUCUGAUAUUGGGAAGGACUUGAAAGACAAAGUGAAGGGAAAACCUUCUUCUAGAAUUGACGGUAACCCUAUGGGAUCUGGUAAUGGGAAGAAAAGAAAAGAAAUGCAGAAAGCUAAAGCAAAUUCAAAGGCGCCUGAUGACAUUCGUGAAAACAUGGGUGAUAGACAGAAAAGUUCCAAAUCUGGAACUGAGAAAUCCGAGGUUGAUGCCACAGAUGCUUCUCGUCCAUCUAAAAGACUGAAGCGUGAAGAUGUGGGAUCCCUGGAAGAUUCUAUGAACUCUGAAGCUGUUGGUGGCAGUUCGAGCAAAUCAUUGUAUGAGCAAAGGGAAGUUCUUCUGGGUCUAGCAUCACAUGCAAUUAAAGUUAACGGUGAUGCUUCUGCUCGGACAGGUAAAGCUAACUUUGAUGCAUCAGUUGCAUCAGGUAAAGGCAAAUUGGACACAUCACCGCGGAAGGCUGGGUUGAAAUCUUUAGCAUCUGCACAAACCAAUAAGGUGAAAUCUUAUGAAUCUCGACAGAUGGAUAAAGUUAAAUCCAGUUCAUCUACCCAUAUUGGUAAGGUUAAGUCUGAUUCCUCCUCCCAAGUGAGAAAAGUAAAGCCCAGUCCAAUUGGUGAUAGGGGUAAAGGAAAAGCAGAUAUUAGUCAAAGGAGUAAUGUGCACGAUAAUUCUGGUGAUGAGGAUGUGUUACCAGUAUCGAAACGUCGGCGGCGAGCGCAAGAGGCAAUGAAUGAUUCGGUUCAAAAUUCAAAAGAUAGAGCCAAAAGAAGCGCGGACCCGAAGAAUGACUUGUCGUAUAGCAAUGCUAGAGUUCAUGCCAACCAGAAUUUGAAAAGGCGAAGAGCCGUGUGCCUCUAUGAUGAGGAAGAAGAGGACGAAGAUCCUAAAACUCCUGUUCAUGGUGUGGCUGCCAAAAGUGUUAAACCUCCAUCAGCUGUCCCUGGUGAUAUCAAGCAUAGGGACGUAGAGAGUGGUGGUUCUCGUAGGCAACAAGAUGGACGUGCUGUUAACUCCCAGUCAAAUGUGACGGAGUCUACCAGACAUCAUGAUGUGUCGAAGGAGGCAUCUUCAGACUUGCAAAAGAAUCGCCUUUCUCCUGGUGGGCUGAUAACAGUGAAGACGCCCAGGGCUCCUGAUUCACAGAGUCCACGAGAAGUUGGAGAACAGGUUGUGGCCAAGGAGGUAAGCACUGCUUUGACUUCUCCUAAGAACUCUCCUCGGCUACUUGAACCACCUAAAAGAGUGAUGGAACAAGAUAAAACCAGCAAGGUUUCUCAAAAAACUUCUGGUGCCCAAAAGAUGCUUCAUGCUGACGAAGAGCAGGCAAUGUCCAAGGAGUUUAGCACCACUCCGACUUCUCCUAAGAACUCUCCUCAGCCACUUGCUCCUCCCAAAACAGUGGUGGGACAGCAUAAGACCAGCAAGGCUUCUGUGAAAAUCCCUUCUGGUGCCCAGAAGAAGCCCCAGGCUGACAAGGAGCAGGUAGUGGCAAAGGAGGUAAACACUGUUCUGACUUCUCCUAAGAACUCUUCUGUGUCACUUGGCCCACUCAAAACAAGGGUAGACCAGCAUAAAACCAGUAAGGCUUCCGUAAAAACAGCUUCUGAUUCUCAAAAGAAGCCCCAGGUUGUUUCUGCUAAGUCAUCAGGCAUGGUCCCAGAUGGUGCAAAAGCUUCCCAGAAUCAUGUGGCUGUUCAAAGAAAUAAGCAAGCUCUUUCUGUAGAGAGACCUAAAAGUACUCCAAAAGUCCCAUCACGCAUGGGUGAUCAUGCCAUUUUGCUGGAAACUUCAAUGGAAGUCAGAGCUGCUGCAGAUGAGAGUAGCAUUUCAUUGGCUGAUUCUGAUGCAUCAGAUUCUGCCAUAUCUAUGAAGAACCUCAUUGCUGCCGCUCAAGCAAAAAGAAAAGAAGCUCAUACCCAACAUUUUUCUCUUGGGAACUCCAGUUAUACCCUUCUGUCCAUUAAUGAUGCUCAUGGAUGGAGCCUUAGUCCGCCGUUUAUCCAACCUUUACCAUCUGGCAUGUCCAAUGGGGCACAGGGUGAUGCAUCAGAGUUUCAUCCUCGCCCAAGUGCACCUUCUCCAUCUACACAAAAUCAUCCUUCAGGGCCUGAGACUCGAACAGAAAAUGACGAGGAUGAGGAUCGAAGGGUCAGUUCUGGACAUAGGGCUCCUGGAGGCUCACUAAGUGGUGGGACAGAGGCUGCUGUUGCACGUGAUGCUUUUGAAGGGAUGAUAGAGACUUUGUCGAGGACAAAAGAAAGUAUAGGACGUGCAACCCGUCUUGCCAUAGACUGUGCCAAAUAUGGAAUUUCCAACGAGGUUGUGGAACUUUUAAUCAGAAAGCUAGAAAGUGAACCCAGUUCCCAUAGAAAAGUAGACUUAUUCUUUCUUGUGGAUUCAAUUACCCAGUGUUCUUCUCAUCAAAAAGGAAUUGCUGGAGCUUCAUACGUACCGACAGUUCAGGCAGCGUUACCACGUCUUUUGAGUGCUGCUGCUCCACCUGGAGCUGGCGCACGGGAAAAUCGCCGGCAAUGUCUCAAGGUGCUGAAACUAUGGCUUCACCGGAAAAUCUUUCCAGAAUCUGCUUUGAAGCGUUUUAUGGAUGAAAUUGGGGGUUCAAAUGAUGAAAUCUCUGGUGGUUUGUCUCUUAGACGUCCAUCCCGCUGUGAGAGGGCUUUAAAUGAUCCUAUCAGAGAGAUGGAAGGGAUGCUUGUGGAUGAGUAUGGGAGUAAUGCUACAUUUCAGUUACCUGGUUUGUUAUCUGGGAACUUAUUUGAAGAAGAAGAUGAUGAAGAUAUAGUAUUGGAGCUGCCUAAGAAAGUGGGCGACAUGCCCGUGGUGGGAGAACCUGAUCGCACCAUCUUUGGAGAGUCAGAAGCAUAUACUGCUACUCCCACUGACAGACGUCAUUGCAUCUUGGAGGAUGUUGAUGGUGAACUUGAAAUGGAAGAUGUAUCUGGUCAUCAUAUCAAGGAUGAAGGACCUGAAAUGGAUAUAGAAGAAGACCAUUACUCCGAUAGGGUGGUGGUCAAACCGGCAUCAAACAGUCCUGCUGACUCACCCCCUCUUCCAGAUGGUUCACCACCGCUCCCUCCUGGUUCUCCUCCUCAGCUUCCACCUUUACCACCCUCUCCACCGCCUCCGCUGCCUCCUCCGCCACCAAGCUCUCCUUCUGAGCCUCCACCCCCUCCUCCACCUCCACUUCAUCUUCCGCCUCCGCCUCCACCACCACCUUUUCAUCCAUCACAGCUCCCUCCUGGACCACCCUCAGCUCCUCAGCCACCUUUGCUACAUCAGCAUUUAUUGCCAGCUCAACCCCUACAUCCUCAGCCCUUAAUAUCAACACAACCUUCUAUACAGUCACCACAAUUGGCUUAUCAGCAGCCUGCAGCUCAUGAAUACUGCAGUACAUCCAGUGGAAAUAAAACAGGUCAAAUGGCUGGAACUGCUCCUCAUGCGAAGAAUAUGGAUCAUGUGAUGAAAAGUCAGCAGUCACCUCGUUUUGCUCAUUCAGCCGUUUGCAACUCUCGAGAAACUUCAGGAUUCAGUUCUUCUAGACAUCUGGAAUAUAGUCAUAAUGAUCUGUACUUAAAUCCGCAAGCAUCCCAACACAAUCCUCAAUUCCAGCCGGGCAACACUUCGUUUGUGCCUAGACCUAUGAAUCCAAGCCUCCCGCAAACGGCACCGGGCCAUUUUCCAUUUUCAAAGCCAGUGAUUCAACAACACCACCAGCAACCCUAUACCCAUCCUUAUCCUGUGCCAUCCCAUCCUGAGGGGCAUAGGAGAUUUGUUGGUGAUGAUCAAUGGAGGAUGCCCUUGAAUGAAUUUAAUGCUAAUAAUCAACAUGGUGGAUGGAUGGGUGGAAGAACUCCAUCGCAUGGAGGGCAUGCAAUUGGCCAAGAAGGCUUCUUCCGGGGACCAGUUGAAAGGCCACCAGUGAAUGCUGUUGGUGUUCAGUUCCCUGCAAGUAACAAUUUACCACCUGCACCUCCAAUUCCAGGUCAUGGUGUUUCUCCGAUGAGGCCAUGUAGACCAGACAUGUCUGCCGUUAAUUGCUGGAGGCCAGGUUAAGGAUACGAGUAUGAAGCUUCCAUCCAUGCCUAGGUUGGUGCCAAUUUUGUGGGGAUUAAGUGAUGAUUUUUCUUAGAGCUGCGGAGCAACAGAAAGAAGCAGUCACUGUGAGCACAUACUCGAGCAUUUGAUAACACUGGACAGAAUAUCACUACUACAGGAAGUUGAGCAUUUAGAUCUUGUGGAGAAUUUGGCAGGACGCUGUAUAUUGUAUUUUUCCCUGACAAAUGUAUCGCGGGAACUUUUGCUUCCAAGUGUAGGCCCAUAUUUCUGACUUGAUUUUGGGUAAGCACAAGAGGCCCGGAAUCGGCCCCAGUCGGGAGCUAUCUCCGAGAUAGCGGGGCAGAUCAAAUGGAGUUGAGAUUUCUGAUAGCCAGGAAAUGCAAAGGUAAACACUUUCGGUAGAUUUCUGAACUUGAGACGAAAGCCUCGGUGUCGCGAUUACGUCUGUUAGAUUUUUAAGAUUAGCAUAGGCAUAGCCUAGGAGAAGUCUUGGGAUUUUUGGAAAAUUAUUACUCUCUGGUAUUACAGGUUCUCAUUCCACCCUUUCCCUCUUGUAUAUGUGAAUUCUCUUCAUACCAAAUGUACAUGGAUGACCCAAAAGAAAAAGGCCUGGAAAUGGCUAUUUGUUUCUUGAUUUAUUUUUCCACCGAACUACCGCCAGUCAAAUGUGUCACCUGGGAAACAACCCAACCAGCUCUAGGUAUGGCAAAAAUGCAAAUUUUGAGUCGUAACGAGCCAGUAACACAAGGGGGCUAAUCAGUCUUGGUUGUGUAUCCGAUGACGGGUUCAAGUGAAGAAAUGAGACAUCUUGUAAAAAAAACAGUCAAAUCAUACAUGUACUCGAACCGAAUGUCUCCAGUCCUGAUCAUCUAGCCAUAUAUUCAGAGCUUAAAUUUCUCGAUACAACUCAAUCUCAUUCAUUACCGGUCAGGCUUGGCUGGCUCUCUCAUCAAAAAGUGGGCAGUUUCCACACCAGUUUUUCAGAUAGAUCGCAUAAGAAGCGAUAGCCAGGCAAUGGCUGCGCCUGAUAGUGCAUACAGGUCUUCCUUUGGGCUGUAUUUUCGACCCGGCCAUUGCAAAUGGACUAGGACUAGGACUAGCUCUAGCAUCUGUCUUGUUCAACGAGCUCUCGAUGACCUGCUGCAGAAACCAGGUCCACAGUAUCACCUGGAUCUCUUAAACCGUCUGGUUUAGGGCUCAAGUUCUGCAAUUAUAAUGCUCCAAGCUGUUGCCAAACCAAUCCUACUGCCACUGACACACCUCAUCAGCAUGUUGGUGGAUGUCGGCUUCAGAUUUAUUCCGCCUUCUUACCUGUAGUCGCUUUCUGAACCAUCGUUCUCAUCCAGUUAAAUGUUGACUGGAUGAGACCAAUCUUCCGGCUGAGGAUCUUGGCCUCAGGUUAUGGAAUGAAUCUACGAGAUCAGAGUUGCUUCCUCUGCAAACACAUUGUUAUCACCAGUUGAUGCGCCUGCAAAUACAUCCGAGAUUACAGUCCACAUCACGACUUCAGCAUAUCAGAGAGAUUAGUAUCAAGUAAAGGAAUGAUAAAUUAUAUAAAGAUUACAUGUAACUCGAACCAUUCUCUCCUCUGUUCAUAUCCAAUAAUAAGACCCUAAACAUGAUCCUAUGACACGUUAUUACAGUUGCGAAUUUUGCUUUCUUUUCCCUAUUUUGAUAAUCUAGCUAUAUGUUCAGAGUUCAAAUAUCUCGAUACAAUUCAAUCCCAUUGCUCGCCAGCUAGGCGUGGCUCUCUCCUCAAAAAGUGGAUAAUUUUCCACACUGUGGAUCCGUUUCUCCAGCAAAUAACAUCAAAAGUAGUAGUAGCAUGUAUAUAAUGGCUAACCCUAGUCAACAGCUGCUUUGUUUCUCCACCCACUCAAGGGCUUCGGCAACCCAUCGAAGAUGGGCCUAGCUAUGGCUGCAGCCGACAAAGCCUGCAGAUCUGCUUUCAGACUCCAUUUUGGAGUCGGCCAUGUGAAUGAACCACCACUGCCAUCUGUCUCAUUCAAGCUCGAAGUGCUCGACGACUUCCUCACUGCAGAAACGAGGUCACCGAUGUCCGCAGGAUCUCCUCCUGCACCAGCUGGUUUAUUAGGGCUCAAACUGCCUGCUGCUGCUGCUGCCUCGAGUUCUGCUAUCAAAGCACUCCGGCUUGCUGAUUUGGCUCUUAAUGCUAACCCUUUACCUCCAGCUUUUCCUGCUGAUACUGAAGCGCUACCAUUGCUGUUCUCUUCCCUCAUCAGCAUGUUUGGGAAGUCAGCUUCCGAUUUCUGCCGUCUUCUUACCAUGGAGUCACCAUCUGCAGCAUUGCUCUCAUCAAGUAAAACAUUGACAUAGCUCCUGGAUUUCCGGUGAUGGGUUAAAGGAGGGUUGGUGUCUGGAGAGACUCUGAGAUCAGCAGGAGAAGGAAGACCAUAGUAACCAUGUAAAGACGUCAUUGCAGGAGAGGCCUUUCGUCCAGAAGAAGACUUUGGCCUCAGGGUUUGAAAUGAAUCGAGGAGAUCCGUGUAUCCACGCUCGAGUGGCGUGUGGUCCAAGUUGCUCCCCCUAGAGUUCUCAGCACCACUUGAUAAACAUGGGGAUGGAGGGUGUCUCCCAGGUAGAGGAAUCCGGAGUGUUUUCAGGGCAAACAUUUGAUGAUCUGUAACCAGGCCAUUCUUCUUUUUAAUGUCGGCCACCUCAACGCCAUACUUGAUGGCAACGCCGGCGAGGGUAUCGAACUUUGAAACCGGAUGCUCAAUGAAACCACGGGAGACAGGCGACGUCGUCGGCGAGGAGUUGGUGGAGGUGCCCCCGCCGCUGGAAGGCUUGAAUGGAGUAGUAGAACCAUUUGCAUUGUUGAAAAAAUUGUGACUGUAAUUAUCGAAUCCUCCUAAAUCAUCAUCAGCGUUCUGCAGCUGCCUAUCAUAAUCAUUGCUAAACUGACUGUAUCUAUGAUUACAAUUACUCAUCAUGAUUUCCUUCGUACCCUCCCUCUCCAUCUGCUGCGUCCCCAAUCCAACAUAAAGAGACACACAGAAAACCCCUCCCCAACUAUGAACACCAAACAACAAAACCAAAAAGAACCCUUUUUUAUCCGAAACUCAGCAACCCAUAACAGCCAAGAAAACGAAGAUAUCGGAUUUUUUCCCCUUCGGUUUCUCGGGUAAGUGAUCCCAAUUGGGGAGCACCCAGAUUUCCCCUCAACUCGCCCACAAACGAGACAGAUCAAGUGGGGUGUCGCAAUGCGGAUUCGAGCGGCGGAGUCCUCCGAAUCAAGAGAUCGGCCCGAAACCGACCACGGGAAUCGCGAUUAUGCAACAGCCGGAAGUCGGUGGAGAAAAUCGCGUGAAACAAACAGAAAGAGGGAGAGAGAAAAUUAGAGGAAUAACGACAAAUUGAAUAGAAGGAAGGAAUAGGAAAACCAUUCAAUCAAACCAAACAAACAACAAAGAGGGAUGGAGGGGAAGGAAAGAAUGCAGAAAUCUGAGGAUCCAGAACCAAAUAGCGGAAAGAAGAUUGAAAAUUGGGUGGGGGAAGGGAGAGAUGGAAGAAGAAAGGAGAGGAGAGAGUAUCUGCUCUGGUUUUCCCCCUUAUUUUCUUUCUUCCCCGAACCAAAUUUUCCGGGAAAAGGAAAACAAAUCCCUCUCUCACUCUUUGCUUCUCGCUGCA